UCACUCAGUUUUGCGUAAUCUGUAAUGCAUCAUGGAUCCUACUGCAAUGAUUUCUGGGAGUGUUAGUUUGAUGGUUUCCAUAUUUUAGUGUAUGUUUUGCGCGCUGUUGAUCAUAACGUAUGAGAGUUGUAUGAUAAUUUAUUAAGUGUUUUAGUGAUUUAGACUGUUUACAUUGCAAUUUUCCGUGGAUGAUAGUGAAAUAUGCCGGAAAAAUAUAAGUUUACAAUGACUACAACUUGAAUUCUUAUUGAGUUGAGCAGGUGUUAGAGUUUGGUUAACUAAGCUACCUCAGUUUCAAAACAAUUACUUUUUUACAUUAAAUUAGGAAGAUAUUGUGAUGAUAAUUUUUAAUUAUCGCCUAUUCCUCGAAAAUAACGAAACGACAUGCAGGAUUAUUGGGAGCUAAGAGCGGGCUCACUAGGACAGCCGGUGAUAUGCUGUCACGAUGGCAGGAAAGCCUGAGCUAUCAGCAUCAGCUGGUGUACAAAAUGUUGUAGUAUAUGUAUCGAAUGAUAAUUUUGCUCAGGCUUAUGCUGUCGGUCAACAGAAUGUGCCCCAAGGAAAUCAUCCUUCCAUCCAGAAUGGAAUUUAUCCAAACCCACCACAUUCCAUGGCCCCCGUGGUUGGACCUACAAAGUGCUGUAGUCAAACGGGUAAACCAAACACAUUGAAGCCACCUGAUUAUGCUACCGGUCAAGUUAUAAAUGGAUCUGAGCACCAACAACAGGGUUAUUACACAGAAGUUUUAUCGCAAAAUGGUUUUUCACAGCCUAUCAUCAAUAAUGUGAAUUAUGCAAAUAAUGCUAUUAUCAACCAAGUAAAAAACUAUAAUUCUGGAAGUAGUGAUGUGUUGUCAGGUGAUCGACAAACUGGCCCCGGAAGGCCAGAGUGUGAUAGAGAAGCUCCUUAUGUGGAUUCUAGUUAUAUUACUGUAAUAGGGGGUGAAUGCCCUUCUCAAAGUGUUCGGUGUGAUUCAGUACGGUCUGAUGCUGCGGAAUCUAGUUGUAGUUCGAGUUCCACCGAUGAGGGAAUUGUUAUGGUGCAAAAUCCUGCCCCAGAGAUGGUUGUUUAUGAUUCGAGUGUCAGUGUUAGACCUGGUGGUGUAGUGCUUGCAGUGGGACCUUCGUCAGUUCAACAACAAACUGCUAGUCCUUUAGUUGGUACAUCCUUUCAUAAUCACCAGAGUACUUUUGUAACGGUUCCUUUUGGAUGGAAGAGACUUUUAAAUAAUGGAAAUAUCAUCUAUAUAAGUCCAAGUAAUACGGCGUUGAGCAGUCCAGAGCAAAUAAAGGAAUAUUUAUUGAGUUCUGGAACUUGCAAGUGUGGACUGGAGUGUCAUUUUAAGUACGACAACGUCUUCAAUUUCGAUCCAAAGGUGUCAAGUAAACCUUGGAGCUUUCCGCCAGAUACAAACAUAGGGGACCUGAAAUUGUGCAACCACAAAAGAAAAAUAAUGAGCAUGGCUGCUUUAGAGUGCAAACAAAUGGAUCCAAAUAUAAAAUUAAGAAAAGAUUACAAUGUCAAGAGAAAAAAGAGAAGAAUCGACAUGCCAUAUUGUGGAGGAAUUUCAGUGUCCCAAAUAUUGGCCCAGCGGGAGAAACUCGGCAUGGGUCAACAGAAUUUCGUCAAAGAUGGCGCAACGAACCAACAAGUCAAUCAACAGGUUUGGGCAUCACAUCAACAACAACAGCAUCAGCAACAACAGAUGCAGCUGAACAACAGGCUUCAAGCAUAUCCAAACAACAUGCAUCUGCCCAGAUAUCCGGGUCAAGAUUCAAACGAUGGACCACAUAACGGAGAGAGUAGCGCUUCAACCCAUCAACCCAUGCCUCCAAACAUAUCACAACAAACUGAUCAAGUUCCUAACCAGCAUCGGCAGCCUUCCAGUGAUAAUCCCAAUAUUCAUGUGCAUCACCAGCAUGUGAUGACUCCGAAUGGUCAGAUUAUAAACAUGCAGAAAUCAAUUCCACCCCAGCAACAUGCUGUCAUUCACAGUCAGAACAAUAUGGGCGUGUUUCAAGGUCAAAAACCCGCCCAGUUCAUGGCACACAACCAUCCGCAAACUCAGCAGAGGGUUUAUGUAAAUAGUCAACCGAAUGAACCGAGCGGUCCUGGGCGACCAAUGCAGGUUAUGCCAGUAGGAAUGGACAGCCAGCAAAGGCCAAUGGACGUUCAGCAGAGAAUCGGACAUCAACAGUUCUACAACAACCAGCCCUCCAUGUAUCCACAAAUGCCUCAGUACGAUCCAUCUAAAUCUGUGCGGCCUAUCAUACCUCCAAAUAAUCCAGCGAUGAAUGGAUUCAGACCCCAGGUUCUCAACCACCAAGGUCAAAUGAUGCAACAACAAAUGAUGAUGAAUCCUAACCAUCAAAAAAUGCAGUGGCAAAAUAGAAUUCCUACUCCAGUCAGCCAGUCGAACCAACAACAGCAACAACAGAUGCCGCUAUCGAAUGUUUACGAGAGAGUGCCUCCUCUGCACCAACACCCUGGAUCCUCAAUGAUGUGGCAGGAAGAAGUGAAGAAGAAAAAAAUGAAACUCAGCAAGAUUUCGAAAAAUCGUGCUUUCGUCAUGGAAUGCCAAACAACACAAUCCCCUUGUCCCAAUGUGGAUAUCAGGCAAAUUCCUGGUGAAAAUGAUAGAGGCGUCAUUUUGAAUCAACUACCUCCAGCCAGUCAGAGUAAUCCUGUUCCUUCUUUCAUGGAAGAUCCCAGCGGGUACUUGGCGCAACAAACUGCUUUACUGAACAACACCAUCAACAGGCAGACAGGUGCCAAUCCUUGUGCAGGAUAUGCUUGCAACAGUCCAACUUCUUCUGUACAUCCAACACAUAACACUAACAUAAUAUCAAUUACAAGUAGUCAAAACAAUGAGGUGCCUUUACCAAGUAAUGUGAUGAUGCAGAUGAAGCAAAAUCAAAGUAUGUCUCAAAAACCAACCCCUCACCAGAAUGUAGAUGCGAUCAAAAGUCAACAACAGUCGCAACAAAUGCAGAAUAUUAUGCAACAACAAUUCGGCCAGACCGUUACUCAGGGUGUACCUGACAGUAGUGCUGUUGCGAAUGUGAAUGAACAGAAGCAGCAGCAACAGCAAUAUGUACAGUGCCAAGGAUGUAUAGCAGAUAGCAUGAAUGCCAGUCAACAGUAUAUCAUAAGGGAACAAAUUAAUAAUCAGGGUCAGAAAAUACUACAGUAUUCCAGACCAAAUAGCCAACCUGGAACCCCGAGUUCUUCAGGAGGAAUAGAAGAUGUAACAUCAUCAACCUUCUCGGACAAACAAAGCGUCCAGAACUCGCCGGAUAGUAGACCUAUUCAGGGUGGAACCGUCAGUACCAGCAAUGUUUCUCCAAUUGAUGGUCUUCAUUCUGGGCCUCCUACUCCUAAUUCACAUACACCAUCUUCCAUGACUCCUAAUCCGAACACGCCUAACACUCCAAAUCCUCAUACUCCCAGUCCUUACACACCAAAUCAGCAUCCUGUCACACCAACUCCCCCGACUCCCACCCAGCAGAUUCAAAAUCAGUUUCAAGUUCCCAAUAUCCAUCAGCAACAAAUGCAAAAUCAACAUCAUCAACAGCCGAAUCAUCCUCAGAACCACCCUCAACAGAAUCCAAAUUCUCAGCCCUAUAUGGUCCAAAGGAUCUCGGAUUCCCAAACUGGUCAGAACUACAUUGUGUAUUCUUCAAGUGGCAAUACAAAUAUGCAACAAAUACAGAUGAAUCCUAUCAAGGACGGACAAGGGUAUAGCACAGGCCCCCCACCAAGACCCGAAUAUUAUGUGAAUACCAGUGUUCACCAGCAAGAUAUGCAGACGUCUAGAGGACCAUUCAUAUCAGGGAUAGUGACCACCAUGGCUAGUGGAAGGACUGUAGGAAGCAAUACAAUCACGUCGGUGCUGGCAGGCCGGGCUAACACAGCUACAGUAUCCAUCAAUAGUCCCCAAAGUGUCAAUAAUCCAUCACCACCUUCUUCCAUCCAAGGCCAAAACGUGAUUCAGAACCAACCAGUUACAGUGAACGUAUCCAAAUCACCUUUAGAAAUGGUACAAAGUGUAGUUAGUAGCAUUCAGGUUCCCCAAACUCAGCAUACAUCAUCCAUGAGUCAUUCAAAUGCGCAGGUUUCGCCUACAAUAGUCAAACCAACGCUUCCUCCUGGUCACAUUUUGGUUUCUUCCGGUGGACAACUCAUCAUGGCUAAUACAGGAAAUUGUCAGACGAAUGUUAUGCCUCCACCACCUCCGAAACUAGUAGCGAAUCAUUCACCAAUGCCUCCAAUAUCGGCCUCACCAAUGAUUACCAAUGUGACUGCGGCGGUAACUCAAAUGAUACCAGCAGUUGCGCAACAGAUGUUAGGACAACAAACUGUACUCGUGAACGCGCUUCCAACACCCUUUGUUCUUCAGCCUGGAGUUACCAUGACGAUGGAUGGAGUGACUGUCGGUCAAAAUAUGCAGAUACCACAAAUUGUUACCGGAAAUGUUUUACAACAACAGGUUCAAAUAGAGACGAACGAUGCUAGGCGCGGACAAGGUAUGUUGUCUCCUGAAAGUAAGAAGAAGGGCAAAAAGAGGAAACUACCACCUCAAACUGUGGCUGGAAUGCUGCAAAUUGCCGCUCAGCAAAAUUCAGGUAUGGUGAUGCAGCAACAGAGUUUUCCGCAGCAGAUUCAGAUGGCCCAUAGUCCUCAAAGCAUAACAGGCCCUGUUAUGCAAGCCUUAACUAUCGUUCCCAGCAAGAACGGAGGUCCUGCGCAGAUUGUUAUGAAUGGGCAAGCUAAUAUAGGCACGCAGCAGCUCAUAACCAAUUCACAACCUACGCAACAAAUCAAUCUUUUGCAGCCAGUCAAUCUAAUAAACGGUGGUACCGGGGUUAUGCAGAAUUUCCCAACAAUACAGCAAUUCAUUGUUCCGAAUCUUGGUGGUAUGGUGAUGAAUCCAGAUGGUACAGCUACUUUAUUGCAAGAUACUUCCAACAUCGGUAUGCAGCUGCAGCUACAGAACGUCAACGGGCAGAAUAUCCUUACACCUGUGCAGAACAGCGGUGUGUUCAAUGGAUCGCAAAAUAUCAUAGCAGCUGGUCCUGCGGGUAUGGUGAUCCGGACUCCGAAUCCAACGCAAGGAAAGAUCAUUCAGCAGCAGCAUAGUCCUGGUGCGCAAUUUUUGUCGCCGAAUGGUGGACAAUUCGUGGUGAACGGUGCACAGUUCAGUGGCCAGUUGAGUCCCCUUGUUGCUAGUGUUAGUCCUUCGCAGCAGGUCACAUUCAGCAGUCCAGCACAACAGAUGCGUUCUCAACAAGCUCCUCAACAAGAAUACAUCCAGUGUAAUCAGAUGGGUCAGACUCUUAUGGUACCGUGUAACCCUGGAGGUAACAUAUCCGGUUCGAAUUCCAAUCAGAACACCACGUAUGUUCAGCAAAAUACCACGAUAGUACAGCAACAAACAACCAUGGUUUCUAAUAAUCAGCCCCAACAAAACCAGCAGAAUAUGCAGAGAACCACAACUUUGAACGUAGAUCAUAACUUUCUGAUAAGCUCAAACGAUAAUAAGCAACAGAUGCAUCCCGUUUUGAUUAAAGAAUGCCCUCAGAGUGGUCUAAGGAAUUCUGUGUCUACCCAAACUGCUACAAAUCAGUCUCAAGCUGUAACUACCAACACAUUCUGUCAAACCUCAACAGUUUCUGCUGGAAGCCCGCCAGAUACGACGACUCAUAGCCCUCUAGCUUUAGGGGGACAGAGUCCACCUACUGUAGAUACCACCACUCAUUCUGGCAGUACUGAUGACGGCCUUUCCCCUGCACCUUCCAAUUGCUCUGCUAGUUUCAACGAUGUUACCAUCCAAGGAAGACACCAAUCUAUGGCAAUGGUUCACUGUAUAUCCAGCAGCGAACCAGAUUCAGCAGAUUUCAACCCACAAAGCUCAGACAACGAAUGCUUCAGAACCCAGGUGAUGACAGGUCAAAAGCAUGACUACGCGGAAGUAACCAAUGACCAGAUUCAUUACCUGACGAAGAAGAAUAACCCGACCCAUUUUGCAUACGCUGAAUCCUCAACAAUGGUGGCAGGGGUACAUUUUGUGGCAGACCAGAUGAAAGCAGACGAAUCAGUUGUUAGUUCGAGGCAUUCUGAGAAGCGCAAGAGCAGUGAUACCUUACUAGUCAUGGAGACAAGGCAGCUGCAUUUUGAAGAAGAAGAGUCUGAUCAGAAAGUUGAAAAAGAAAGGGAAACCAAUUUUAUGAUAGGAGAUUUAGUGUGGGGCCCAUCUAAGAAUAACCCCUCUUGGCCCGGGAAAAUUAUCAGCUUUGAAGAUGACCGAGCUACAGUUAAAUGGUUUGGUAAUGAAAAAUCAACUACCAUUGUACAAAAAUCUUCUCUCCAGUCGCUUUCUGAAGGAUUAGAGGCGCAUCACCGAGCUCGAAAAAAUUUGAGAACAAGCCGCAAACUGAAUUCUCAACUUGAGAAUGCGAUCCAAGAAGCCAUGUCAGAGCUGGAUAAAGAAUUGGCGAAAGAAAAGAAUUCCUCCACCGGCUCAUUGAAACCAACUUAUCCAAAAAAGGAAACAUCAAGGAAAAACUUCAUUGGUAGGUUAAGGAGUAGCCAAAAGUGAGUCUCCGAUGGUUUUAUGCGGUGUCAGAAUCAUGGACCAAUCGAAAUGGUAAAAGGUGAUGAUUCAGAAUCAAAUAUUGGUCUAGAUGGACAACAUUUUUUUAAUGAUGCUUCUUACAUAGAAUUAUAUGUAAUGGGUAGACCUGUAUCUACAAGGUAUUGAUUCCUAAAGAAAUAUAUAAUCGUCACAUUUAUAUUGGAGAUAUUUUUCAAAUGCCUUUUUCAAGUGUAGGUCUUAAGGCUUUAUUAAAAAUAAACGCCAAUAUUCGUUUAUCCAAUCUAUUUAUGUACAAACGCAUUGUACAUAAAAGUAGUCAGUAUUCCUAUUAUAUUUUACCUUAAUGAAGAUUAUCUAAAUAUUUUCAGCUGGUUCGUUAAAAAAAUGUAUUUUUGUCAUCUACCUUCAGCAAGGUAGUUUUACGAAAUUCUUUUUAUGAAAUGACAUAAAACUAAGGUUCCAGUUCUGCAUAUCGCAAUUACUUGCAAUUCAAACAGAGACCGGAUAACUUAUAUCAUACUUACGUAAUUAGUAAUGAAGAAAAUUAAUUGAUGAAAAAAUCAAGUUUUUAAUCGCUAACAAUUACCCCUUUCUGAACUACGCAUGUCUUCAUAAAUAGAUUGUGAUUCUUUAUGUUCUAGUCAAUGAUUUGGAAAGACAGAUUGAACGACAAUAAACUCACGGUUUUUCACCAACACAUUAUGUUAGGUACUGUGAUAAGCAUACUGUACCAUCUUCAUGAUGGCAAAUCGAAUCCCUUUCAGUACCCAAAGCAUUUCGAUAAAACAGUCGUGAUAUUUCUUUUUUCACUUUGGAGGACUUCAUUCAUCGUGUUAUACGAAAUAUAUAGGUUCAAUAAGUAUAUCUGAUAGAUUAGUUUUCAGUUUUUAUCGAAGAUGUAUGUCAACAAAGUUGAGUUUCACCCUGCAUUUUGCAAUUGUACAAAGGACGAUGGUUAGUUCAAGAUAAUCAAGUCAAAAAUAAAAAGUUUUAUAUUUAUUGUAUAUUGUUUUUAUAUCUUGUACAGCAAUUUUAUUCUUAUUAUCGUUUAUCUACUUGCCAUUUAUUUUAUGGUAACUCGAAUAAUCAGUUUCAAAUUAAUCUAGUUUUGUAAUAUAGGUAUGGAUAUAUUUUGAGUGUUUUAGAUAAGGAAUAUUGAGUUGUAUAGUUUUAUUCGCAUAGACUCUGUUCUAGAAUUUUAAGUAUAUUAAUAAUCAAAUUAUGCUUAUAAUAGUUAGUAUUUCCAAUGAAGAAUGUAUAUUAUAUUUUUGUAUAUGUAUUUAUUGUUUAUAAAUUCUUCAGUUUCGAUAGAUAUAUUGCUUAUUUAUUAUCAGAUUUCUGUGGAACUUGACAAAGCACUAAGUAAUUCAGUUCAUCCAGAAUUCAUGUCAGUUUCAUGAAACUUCAAAUACAAUGUUUCAUAGCUUCUGGAAUUUCGAGAUGAUUUUUGUCACAAUAUUCAGUGAAACAUCACAGGAUCUCUAUCAAUCUAUUAUUUUCAGUAGGAAAUGUUCAUCUCACUCAGAAGAAUAAAGCAUACCUAUCUCGAAAGGAAACAAGUGUUCUGAUUGGAAAAUUAAAGAAAUUUCACUUUGAACAGGAGCUUUUUUAAUUUUCCAAUACUUACUUCAAAAACUCCAGUUUUUAACCAAAAAUAUUUGUGAAUACCACAUCAAAGUUAUAAUUUUGGUAAAUCCAAAUGGCAGCAGCAGAAAGCAUAGCCGCUGCCAGAGUGUAUCCAUUUUCUGAUGAAUAUUUCCUUCUUAGUUUCCAAGGAAUCUUACAUACAUGGAAUAAAUCGUCUUUCAUAUUAUGAUAUAUAUACACUGAUGAAUUACUUUUUUAUUGUAUAUAUUUUGAUAGGUACCUGUUCUGUGUUACAGAUAUGGAUAGUAGUAUUAGUAUAACUUUGUAUAUUGUAUUAUUAGAGCUUUUUUGUGGAAAAUUAUGGCUCUACCAAUACAAUAUCUCAUUAUAAUCCAGUGUUAAAGCUGUUGGUCACUUGAUAGAAGCGAGUGCGUCAGCUGAAAUUGUCUAUUUCUGUAAAUAUUACUUAUUAAUUAUUUACUGUUUGGCCUGCUAUGUUGUGGUUGAACAUUUCCAGCCUAAUAAAUACUGGAUUAGUAAA